GAAGGUAGAUCUGCGGGGCCGAAAGCGGAGGGAGGGAGGCCCGAGGCAGCGCGGCGGCAGCGGCGGUGGUGGUGGUGGUGGUGGCGGCGGCGGCGGCGGCGGCGGCGGCGGCGAAGGCCAGCUUCCGCGGAGUUUGUGCCCGAGCUUCCCAGCUGGGCUCCGGUCGCCUCCCGCGCACAAAUGGGGUUAGGGGACUGACUGGGUCGUCGUGGUGAAGGACAACUAGUGUCAGAGGAAAAGUAGACACUAGUCCAACUACGGCCGCCCCCACUAAUACUUCGGGGGAGUGGCCACAGCAGAUCCUAUCUGGUGGUGAGUGGCUGUCAUGAUCUCUACAGCACCGCUCUACAGCGGCGUGCACAACUGGACCAGUUCUGACCGGAUUCGCAUGUGUGGCAUCAACGAGGAGAGAAGAGCACCUCUUUCUGAUGAGGAGUCCACGACAGGUGGCUGCCAGCACUUUGGAUCUCAGGAGUUUUGUGUCAGCAGCAGUUUUUCCAAGGUGGAGCUCACGGCAGUUGGAAGUGGCAGCAAUGCCCGGGGGACAAACCCAGAUGGCAGUACCACAGAAAAACUUGGGCACAGGUCAGAAGAUCAGUCUGAUGACCCUCAGCCAAAAAUGGACUAUGUUGGGAAUCCAGCAGAGGCUGAGGGCCUCUUGGUGCCGCUGAGCAGCCCAGGAGACGGGCUCAAGCUGCCCACUCCUGACAGCACUGAGGCCAGCCACAGCAGGGCCAACUGCUCCUGGACUCCCCUAAGCACCCAAAUGAGCAAACAGAUUGACUGCUCGCCAGCCGGGGUAAAGGCUUUGGACUCUCGGCACAGUGUUGGGGAGAAGAACACUUUUAUUUUGGCAACUCUGGGAACUGGAGUCCCUGUGGAGGGUACCCUGCCUCUAGUUACCACUAACUUCAGUCAGCUGCCGGCACCUAUCUGCCCUCCUGCCCCCGGAUCGGCCUCUGGGACCCCCUCGGUUCCCGAUUCAUUCCAAGUUCCCCUUUCUGUCCCAGCUCCAGUGCCCCACUCAGGACUAGUUCCAGUCCAAGUUGCCACAUCAGCUUCAGCUCCUUCCCCUCCCCUAGCCCCAGCAGCACCCUCGGUGCCUACUCUCAUCUCUGAUUCAAACCCUCUCUCCGUGUCAGCCUCUGUUUUGGUGCCAGUGCCAGUGUCUGCUCCCCACUCGGUCCCUGUGCCCUUGUCAGCUCCUGCUCCGACCCCUCUCACAGUCUCUGUGUCCGCACCUCCCUUGGCUCUGAUCCAGGCUCCCGUGCCUCCUUCGGCUCCCACCUUGGUCCUUGCUUCUGUCCCAACUCCAGUUCUAGCUCCCAUGCCAGCAUCCACACCUCCAGCAGCUCCUGCCCCUCCAUCUGUACCAAUGCCCACUCCGACCCCUUCCUCUGGCCCGCCCUCUACCCCUAACCUUAUUCCUGCCUUUGCUCCUACACCGGUGCCUGCGCCCACCCCAGCCCCAAUCUUUACUCCAGCCCCCACGCCCAUGCCGGCUGCCACACCAGCUGCUAUCCCCACCUCGGCGCCCAUUCCAGCCUCCUUCAGUUUGAGUCGAGUGUGUUUUCCUGCAGCUCAGGCACCAGCUAUGCAAAAAGUCCCCCUCUCUUUUCAACCAGGGACAGUGCUGACCCCUAACCAGCCACUGGUAUACAUCCCACCUCCGAGUUGUGGCCAGCCCCUCAGUGUGGCUACACUGCCAACCACUCUGGGUGUGUCUUCCACACUCACACUCCCGGUCCUGCCAUCUUACCUGCAGGACAGGUGUCUCCCAGGUGUGUUGGCCUCUCCAGAGCUCCGCUCUUACCCAUGUGCAUUCUCUGUGGCCCGACCUUUGGCUUCAGAUUCAAAGUUGGUCUCUUUAGAGGUGAACAGGCUCUCCUGUACUUCCCCAUCCAGCAGCACUAACAGCCAGCCUGCUCCCGAUGGGGUCCCUGGACCUUUGGCAGAUACCUCCCUCACCACUGCUUCUGCCAAGGUGCUUCCAACUUCACAGCUUUUGCUGCCAGCCCCCAGUGGGAGCUCAGUCCCACCACACCCUUCCAAGAUGCCAGGUGGCACCGAUCAACAAACAGAAGGGACUUCUGUUACCUUUUCUCCUCUCAAGUCACCUCCACAGCUGGAGAGAGAGAUGGCCUCUCCACCAGAGUGCAGUGAGAUGCCUCUUGACCUCUCUGCCAAGUCCAACCGCCAGAAGCUUCCAUUGCCGAACCAGCGUAAAACACCUCCCAUGCCUGUGUUGACCCCUGUGCACACCAGCAGCAAGGCCCUCCUUUCCACUGUCCUGUCUAGGUCUCAACGCACAACCCAGGCUGCCGGCAGCAACGUUACUUCCUGCCUAGGCUCCACCUCUUCACCUUUUGUUAUCUUUCCUGAGAUGGUGAGGAAUGGAGACCCAAGCACUUGGGUAAAAAACUCAACAGCUCUGAUCAGCACCAUUCCUGGCACAUAUGUGGGAGUGGCCAACCCAGUGCCUGCAUCCCUGCUGCUGAACAAGGACCCUAACCUGGGCCUCAACCGAGAUCCUCGUCAUCUCCCCAAGCAGGAGCCCAUCUCCAUCAUUGAUCAAGGAGAGCCUAAGAGCACUGGUGCCACUUGUGGCAAGAAAGGCAGCCAGGCUGGUGCUGAAGGACAGCCGAGCACAGUGAAAUCCCGUUAUACUCCAGCCCGCAUCGCCCCUGGGCUGCCAGGGUGCCAAACUAAGGAACUGUCUUUAUGGAAGCCUACAGGGCUGACAAAUGUGUACCCACGGUGUUCCAUCAAUGGGAAGCCCACUAGCACCCAGGUUCUGCCUGUUGGCUGGUCACCAUACCACCAAGCAUCUCUGCUUUCUAUUGGCAUUUCUAGUGCCGGGCAACUCACCCCCAGUCAGGGGGUGCCUAUCAGGCCCACCAGCAUUGUUUCUGAGUUUUCUGCUGUGUCACCUCUUGGUUCCAGUGAAACUGUUCAUGGACUUCCUGAGGGGCAGCCACGGCCUGGGGGCCCCUUUGCUCCAGAGCAGGAUUCUGUCACAAAGAACAAAACUUGCCGAAUUGCAGCCAAGCCUUAUGAAGAACAAGUAAAUCCUGUCCUCUUGACUCUCAGCCCUCAGUCAGGGACCCUGGCACUGUCUGUUCAGCCUAGUGGUGGGGACAUGGGAGUAAAUCAGGGAUCCGAGGAAUCUGAGAGCCACCUCUGUUCUGACAGUACUCCUAAGAUGGAAGGCCCCCAGGCAGCCUGUGGCCUGAAGCUGGCCGGAGACACAAAGCCUAAAAACCAAGUGCUGGCUACCUAUAUGUCCCACGAGCUGGUCCUGGCCAACCCCCAGAACUUGUGCAAGAUGCCUGAGCUGCCUUUGCUACCUCAUGACAGCCACUCUAAGGAACUCAUUUUAGACGUGGUCCCCAGCAGCGAGAGGGGCCCCAGCACAGACCUUUCUCAGCUUGGAAGUCAGGUGGAUCUGGGGCGGGUGAAAAUGGAGAAAGCGGAUGGCGAUGUCGUCUUCAAUUUAGCCAACUGCUUUCGAGCUGAUGGUCUCCCAGCAGUUCCUCAGAGAGGCCAGGUUGAAGCUCGGGCUAACGCUGGGCAAGCUCGAGUGAAACGGGAAAGCAUUGGGGUCUUUACUUGCAAGAACAGUUGGCAGCCAGAUGAAGAGACAGAAUCUCUGCCACCCAAGAAGGUCAAGUGUAACAAAGAAAAGGAAAUUGAGGAAGAAGUGCAGCAGCAGCCGCUACCACAGCCACACGAUAAGCCCAUGGUCCGGAGUUCCUUUGGGUCCAAGUGCCGGAAGCUGCCUGGAGACCCCCAGGAACCCACCAAGAAAAGCCCCAGAGGGGCUUUAGAUUCAGGAAAAGAGCACAAUGGAGUCAGGGGAAAGCACAAGCACCGGAAGCCGACAAAGCCUGAGUCCCAGCCUCCAGGAAAACGAACAGACAGUCAUGAGGAAGGUAGGUCCCAAAGGGGAAGUUGUGUCAAUACCAUACGAAGCAUCUGUAGCUCCUUUGCUGGUAUGGCAGACAGUGACAUGGGAAGCCAGGAGGUUUUCCCUACAGAGGAAGAAGAGGAGGUGGCUCCCACCCCAGCUAAGAGGAGAAAAGUCCGAAAGACCCAAAGGGAUACCCAGUACCGCAGCCAUCAUGCCCAGGACAAAACCCUGCUGAGCCAAGGCCGCAGGCAUCUGUGGCGAGCCCGAGAGAUGCCCUGGAGGACAGAGGCUGCCCGGCAAAUGUGGGACACCAAUGAAGAGGAGGAAGAUGAUGAGGAAGAGGGCCUCGUGAAGAGAAAGAAACGGAGACGGCAGAAGAGCCGAAAAUACCAGACAGGGGAGUACCUAACUGAACAAGAAGAGCAGAGGCGGAAAGGGAGAGCAGAUUCAAAGGCCCGUAAGCAGAAGACUUCCUCCCAAAGUUCAGAGCACUGCCUCAGGAACAGGAACCUUCUCUUGUCCAGCAAAGCCCAGGGGAUCUCGGACUCACCAAACGGUUUCCUUCCAAAUAACCUGGAGGAGCCAGCCUGCCUUGAAAAUCCAGAAAAGCCAUCAGGAAAACGAAAGUGCAAGACCAAGCACAUGGCAAAUGUCUCAGAAGAGGCAAGGAGCAAAGGUCGUUGGAGCCAGCAAAAGACACGAUCUUCUAAAUCUCCCACUCCUGUGAAGCCCCCAGAACCAUGUACACCCUCUAAGUACCGAAGUGCUGGCCCUGAAGAGGCCUCAGAGUCACCCACUGCCCGACAGAUUCCCCCAGAGGCACGGAGACUUAUAGUGAAUAAAAAUGCCGGGGAGACUCUCCUGCAGCGAGCAGCCCGCUUGGGUUAUAAGGACGUAGUUCUCUACUGCCUCCAAAAGCACAGUGAGGAUGUGAAUCACCGUGACAACGCGGGCUACACAGCCUUGCACGAAGCCUGUUCCCGAGGCUGGACUGAUAUCCUGAACAUCCUCUUGCAACAUGGGGCUAAUGUGAACUGCAGUUCGCAGGAUGGCACAAGGCCAGUUCAUGAUGCUGUGGUCAAUGACAACCUGGAAACCAUCUGGCUCUUACUAUCCUAUGGAGCUGAUCCCACACUGGCGACCUACUCGGGUCAGACAGCCAUGAAGCUGGCCAGCAGUGAUAACAUGAAGCGCUUUCUCAGUGAUCACCUCUUGGAUCUUCAGGGCAGGGCAGAGGGUGAUCCCCGUGCAUCCUGGGAUUUUUACAGCAGUUCUGUGUUGGAGAAAAAAGAUGGGUUUGCCUGUGACCUCCUCCAUAAUCCUCCGGGGAGUGCUGAGCAAGGAGAUGUUUCAGAACAGGAUGACUUCAUGUUUGAACUCUCAGACAAGCCUCUUCUCCCUUGUUACAACCUCCAGGUGUCAGUGUCCCGUGGACCCUGCAACUGGUUCCUCUUCAGCGAUGUCCUGAAGAGACUGAAACUCUCCUCAAGAAUCUUUCAGGCUCGCUUCCCACACCUUGAAAUCACCACCCUGCCCAAGGCUGAGUUCUACCGGCAGGUGGCCUCAAGUCAGCUGCUGACCCCUGCUGAGAGGCCUGGCAGCUUGGAGGACAGAUCUCCCCCAGGUUCUUCUGAGACUGUGGAGCUGGUGCAGUAUGAGCCAGAGCUGCUGCGGCUCCUAGGGUCUGAGGUGGAAUACCAGUCUUGGAGCAGUUGACGGAAACAGCCCCUCCUCCCCGGUCUUCUUUCUCCUUCGAGUUCACCCUUCCCUCCACCGCUCAUGUCUCCCCCACCGAGCACCAGACUGCAGAAAGAGGCAAUAAUACGGACCAACAAGAAGCCGCCUUAUCAAUGCCAGCAUUAGUGACUGGAUUCCUUUCUUUUUUGGGGGGGGAGGGGUGUUACAGUUAAUUCUCAUCUCCCUGUUGUUGUGGUUGGUGAUGGGGUGGAAAGUUGAACUCCACUUCUGAAGACAAGAGGUCUGGAGAUGGUGGGAGGUGGCACCAGGGUCCCUUGGACUGGCUUCUAUGCUUAUGACCAAGACCAAACAUGGGCCUGGGUGGCUGUGGCCUGUCCUAAGGAGAAAUGAGAAAACCCCAAAUCUCUUGAGUGCCCCCUUUUGUCUCCCUGUGCUCUUCUGUCUUCCAUAGUAUUUAUUUUAUUAGUAUUUAAUUUGUAUUGUUUCCUUGGUUUCUGAGAAGUCUGCAUCACUGUGACGAUUGAGACAACUUGUUGUAUUGAGGGACUUUCUUUACUCCCCUCCCUUUACUUUCUGCAUAAGCUCUGGGGAUGCUUCCUCCCUCUGAGAAAAGGGUUCCCAGGUUGUCUUUCUCCAUCUGGGGAGGGAGCAGGGUGAGGAAGGAUAGGGGGACAUCAUCAUAUAACUAAACAACCUGGCUGCUGCUGGCCUAGAGCUGGGGGGCUGGGGGCAAAUCCCUGGCCUUUGGUGCUCCCCCACCCCCUGCCAGUUUCACCCCACCCUUUGUAGCAGCUCUUCCAUCUUGAGAUUGGUGUUUACUAGGGAGCAGGGUUCCUGAGUUACUCCAAUAAAGGCAGGUUGAGAUGGGCCUGAGGCAAGGGUGCUCCUCACACUGCAUCUUUGGCCCUGCACCCUUCCCCUACUUGCCUCACCUUACCUACCCUGGGCUCCCCAUCUUGAAAUAUUGAGCCUUUGCCUUGCCACCCCUCCUACAGCCUUACAGCAUCCUCUACUCUCUCCUCCACCUGCCCCCACUCUCCUUUGGAAUCUGUAAAAGGCCUGGAACUGACUAGGCGAGGGCAAGGGGCCAGUCUCUAACCUGGCUCUGCAUCAACUCGGGGACUGAGUGAGUGGCUCCUAGGCCUUCAGAUGCCUGGUUAGAUCUGGUACCAGAGGGAGGGAGGAGGAGCUUGGGUUGUUUCCCUGGCCCCACCCCUCCAUGGCAUUGUCUCCCCCCCCACACACACACACACUUCUUAUUUUUCUACCAAUUGCUAUUUUUCCGAACAAUCCUUGUAGAGAGUAUGUACCAUCCAAAGGCAGGAGGGCCUUGCUGUGGUUGGCUCUGGAUGGAGAUGGUACAGUUUUAUUGUACAGGUGCUAAACAACAACAAAGAAGAAAAUGGAAAAAAAGACAAAAAAAAAAAAAAAAGAAAAAAAAAAGCCAGUUUGGGGAUGGGACAAUCUGUCCUCUGGGGGCUCCUGACCCAUUUAGGAGUGUUAUUUCUUUUAAAUGUGUGUGUGUUUUGUUCCCAGAGGAAUUUCUGAGUCCCCUUCUGUAGGACAGCCCCAUCAUCCUACCCAAUUGGUUUUGAACAACUGUUUGACCUUUUUAACAGCAACAAAAUUAUAUA